GGAGCUGAUAUAUAGAACAAGGCAAUAAUCAAACAGAAAAUCACCAAUGGUGUAGAUCCUCUGCGAUCAUAGCAUAAAGCAAUGAAAAGUGUACCGGGUUCUUUAGGAACAGCUGCUAGCAUUGCUUUGAGAUUUGGCCAGGUCAUAUUCUCUUCAUCGUCUAUAGUCUUCAUGUCUUUAGGAGUUGGAUUCUACAGCUACACGGCCUUUUGCUUUUCAGUAACAAUCAUGGGCUUGGCUAUUCCAUGGAGUUUCACUUUGGCAAUACUUGAUGGAUAUUCCAUCCUGACUAAGUUCCCCGUACAUCAAUCCGGCAUUUUCAUGGUUAUCAUAAUAGGGGACUUGGUCUUAUCCUUUCUCACACUAGCAGCAGCGAGCUCGACUGCAAGUCUUGUCGAUCUUCUGCUAAAAGCUGAUGUGUCCUUUUGUCCCCCGAGACUCUGUAGUAGAUAUCAGAUAUCGGCAGCAAUGGCUUUCUUGUCAUGGUUCCUUUUGCUGGUAUCAUCUCUUUUCAAUAUUUGGCUACUUCCAUGGUUAGACGCUGAUUGAGAAUCUACCAAAGACAGAAAUAGUGUAACACGAGUGAAGGCAAUGCUAUUGAUUGCUAUAAGAAGGUUGUGGGCAUGAGUCUUAUGACUAACAUCUUAGAUUUCUAGCAAAGAUAAAGGUCAAUACAAGUCAUAAGGAAAAUUUGGAUGCAUGUGAAGGCAGCAGCAUGGCAGUGAACAGAGACAGAAUUCAUUGAAAAUCAGCCGAAGGCCUAAAAUGUAGCCAAUUUGAGAUUAACGGUUCAGCUCUUUGAGAGGGUUUCCUGUUGGAACAAGGCAUGUCAAGAUACUCUGUGACGAAAAGGUUCUCUCCCCAGAAUUCCACAUCUAAAUUUGAUAUCAAUACUCUAUUUUGUACACAUGUGUGUAUGAUGAAGAACAACAUGACGAUACUUGAGUUCAUGCAACUAUCGCUUCUAUGUUUAACUGAGAGCCUGUGUUAUCAAGUAGUAGUACUGAAGACUUGGGGUUAUACUUACUUUAAUUGUAUAAAACUACUUAUUCGAUAAAUGAAGUGGAAUAAUAGCAUGUGUGUGA